AUGAGAACAUGGGUUAACCUAUAUAAUGGCACAGCCUUCGACGCAUGGGUUGAUACUGGGAAAGCUCCAGCCUUUCCGGAAAGUCUUAAAUUAUACAACAAACUAUUAUCGUUGGGGUUCAAAGUUGUAUUCGUAACAGGAAGAGCAGAAAACCGUAGAGAGAUUACAAGGAAAAACCUUCAUGCAGCUGGAUACAAAAACUGGAAAAAACUUAUUCUAAAGGAACCAUCAGAUUCAAAGAAAACAGCAGUCAUGUUUAAAUCAGAAAAAAGGGCAAAACUUGUAAAGCAGGGGUAUAGAAUCCAGGGUAAUAUUGGAGAUCAGUGGAGUGAUCUUUUGGGAACUGAUAUAGGCAGCAGAAAAUUCAAGUUGCCUGAUCCUAUAUACUACAUUGCUUGA